CAUACACUAAGGAAUCAAUGUCGAUUCUGCAUACAUAUCUUUUAGGAGUGAAGGGAUGAAGACCAUAUCUCAUAUUCCAUUUGUCGUCCGAUAGCUUUCAAUCGGACAAAAUGACCAUCACAGCUCUUCCUGAAGCAACCGUCCAGCUUCUUGGGCCAUCUCAGGCCUUGACCACACCUACAUCACUUGUCAAGGAGCUCAUUGACAAUGCUCUCGACGCUAAAGCUACUACAGUUGAUAUUCUUAUCUCAACAAAUACCAUCGACAAGAUCGAAGUACGAGACAAUGGUCACGGAAUUCCACUUGAGGACCUCGAUGCCCUCGGAAGACAUGGCCAUACCAGCAAGCUGAGAUCAUUCCACGAGCUUAAAUUAAUAGGUGGUCUCAGUCUUGGCUUCAGAGGAGAAGCUCUUGCCAGUGCCACCCAACUAGGGGAAGUCACUGUAACGACUAAAACCGAGGGCCAGCCAGCUGCCACCGUAGCUAGGUUGAAGCCUUCAGGUGGUGUGGCCAGCCAAAGUCGCAGUUCAAAUCCGAUUGGGACGACCGUCACUGUUACCAAUUUUCUUUCCAAGAUUCCUGUCAGAAAACAGAAAGCAUUAAAAGAAGCAUCAAAGAUGUUGAGCAAGUUGAAAGACCUCCUGCAAGCGUACUGCUUGGCUCGGCCUCGCGUGAGAUUUACCCUCAAAGUUAUGAAAAGCUCAAAAGGGUCGUGGUCUUAUGCUCCUCGGUCAAAUGAUGGUAUCAAAGAGGCAGUUUCACUUGUUAUUGGAAGGGAUACUGCCAGCCAGUGCAUGGAGAAGUCCCUCGUCUUUUCAGAGAAUGGCUCCAAGGACGAUGUCGAGGGUGGCCAGGACACCACGGAACUCGACGUCUACGAAUUAGGACCAGAGGAUGGCACUCACCAAUUUGCCAUUGACAUGUUUCUUCUGAGACCAGAUGCAGAUAUCUCUAAGAUUGGCCAUGGACAAUAUAUUUCGAUCGAUUCAAGGCCAGUGUCGCACGACAAGGGUACGAUGAGAAAGAUUGUCACUCUCUUUAAGUCAUAUUUCAAAGACUGUCUCGCGGACUCUUCGGAAAAGCUCAAGAACCCUUUCCUUUGGAUGGAUAUCAGAUGUCCCGUCGCUAGUUACGAUGCAAAUGUCGAACCAGCCAAGGAUGAUGUACUUUUCUGCAAUGAACCUCUCCUACUGGAGGCUAUUGAGCAAGCAUUCAAGGACUUCUACGGUGAGCGCAAGGAACCAAUCAAACCUGCGUCUGCUCAGAAAUCCAUUGAUCACGCCGACAAUAUCGAGCUGUUGGAAGCUCGAGUGUCCACACUACGCUCAGGUGGAAACGAUGAAUCACAGCCUUCUCUUCCUGAAAUAGAAAUCGAGCCAGGCUUUCAGGAUAUGACACCAACUCGGAAUCGCACGUCUGGAGCUGAAGAGGAACCUGCCGAUGCCAUAUUCAGCGUUGAGGACCCCGGAGGCUCUUCCAAGAAAACGUGGACCGUCGACAUGUCUGAAGAUUACAACGAAGAGAUCGAACGACUUCACAAACGCAAUGAUCGCCCACGACUCCCGGACACGCCACAAGGAUCAAAUGCUGCAUCUCGUAGCGCUGUGGGCAACAGUCUCAAUCCAUGGCUUAUAGCCAAAAUGACCGCCCCAUUGCAACGUAACGAUAGAGGUAUUCCUAACAGUCUAAACACUCCGAGCCGACGAGCUGAGCAUCCUCACACGUUUCUUCCAACACCUCUACAGUCUUCUCCUCUUUCUGCCGAACCAGAAAUCUUGCGACCAAGCACAAAUCUAAUUCGCCCAAGGCAAAUAUUCCGUGCCGAUGACAUUACAAGCUUGGCUCUUCCAAUUGUCCAAGAUGCUUUUCUUCAAGGACCUUCGGCCAGGCAGACUUCAGAUGAUCUUGAGGAUGAUCUCCUAUUGGGGGACGACUCCACAACGUUCAAACGCCGACACGACUUUAUCAGUGCAAGACAGCUGCCAGAUGACCCUUCGAUAUUUCCUGGCCCUGCACAACCAGGACCUUUCAAGAAGUUGAAGGGAGUGAAGAGGGGGAAUCUCCCCUUUGUUCUGCCGACCAAGUUCCGUGAAAUGGCAGAUGCACAAGACGGCCUCCGCCAGAGCAAGUUGACUCUCGGCAGCCGGUCGACUCGAACGGUAGAGAAUCCUCAGGAACUUCCAGAAGAUUGUGAUCUCACCUGGGCAAUGGACUUUGAGCAGAGAAAGGAAGAUGCAACGCGUCAACGUCGCGAGCAGAUGCGCAUCGCCCGCCUACAAGCGAAGUUUCAACAAGCAGAGGAGGAUGCUAAGCUCUAUGGUGGACCAGAAGAGAUAACCCGAAACUCACCACACAAAAACCGAUAUAAUGCAGCAAUUGCGACUCUGGAGGCUGAACAUGAAUCCUCUCGAAGCAACGUGCCGAUCAAGGAACCUUUCAAGACCUCUCUACCCGACGGCGACCCUCGUGCCUAUCUCAUGAAGAGAAAGAGAUCGAUGUCGGUCAGACUCGGAGAACCACCAAAGAUGACUCGUGCGAAGACUUUGAAAUUGCCAUUGGAGAGGAUUCCAGUGAACGAGAAUUUGCAUUCGCUUCUUUACCCCGUGCAGUCCGAUAUCGCCGUUCUGCGUAGGAUUACUGCAAAUCUCAAGCAGACUGAUAUGUACAUACAGCGCGGAGUGGUAGGUUCUGGGUUGAUGCUCGAUGGUGUUGAGAAGGACGAGAUAACCAGGAAGGUUCAAGCUGUUUGCGAGAACUGGAGUGGAUGGAAGGGAGACAUGUCUGAGGAGAAUGUCGAGGGAGGUGGUGUACAGAUUCUAGUAUCUGGUUGAAAAACAUAAGAUGGAAUGUCUACUCUGACAUGUUGCUUAAUAGCACUAGCAUUUAUUUAGAGUUGUUGUUGCCUAUUUGGCGCGAGGUUUUGCUGCAUUUACAUGAUACCCAUUUGCUUUCGCGGAGUCAAGAAAUAUAGCUCGUAG